AUGGAGCUCUCGGAAAGAGGCAGUCGAACGUGUCACAUCCCACUGGCAAUAGCUGGAACCACUUUCUACCAGGAGCCGCUACUCGCGCCGCCGCCGGACACGUCAGACGUUCCCGGGCUGCUGACGUGGGAGCGGCGGGCGGUCGUCCCACAGAGGCUGGCCGCGUCCUUCACCCAGUUCCAGCACUGCCCACGGCCAGGCCGGGGGCAAGCUGGACGCGGCGGCAGGAGUAUAAAGAGGGCCAGGGGCAGGAGGCGUGCAGCACAGCCCAGGAUGUCGCGCCCCGCCACAGUGACCUGGUGCCCGUGUCUGUGGCUGCUGCUGCUGUCGGCGGCUGCGGCGUGGCCGUCCGCUGUCCUGCAGCGGACCGGCGCCCACGGGCGCAUCGUCGGCGGCCACGAGGCCAGCAUCGCCGACCACCCCUGGCAGCUGGCUUUCGAGCGCAGCGGCGACCAGUCGUGUGGCGCGUCGCUGAUCGGCCCCUCCUGGGCGCUGACCGCCGGCCACUGCGUCGACGACAUCGGACUAGUCUACAUGGCGCUGCGGGCGGGCUCCUCCGUCCGUGGCAGCGGCGGCACAGUGAUAGAGGCGGCAGCCGUCUUCCUGCACCAGCAGUACGAUAGCCGCACCUCCGACUACGACAUCGCAGUCGUACGGGUGAACGGAUCCUUCACGCUGGGUCCCAAUGUACAGCUAGUGGGACUCCCAGCUGAGGGCUACGACCCUCCGGGUGGGCUGCCUGUGACGGUCAGUGGCUGGGGUUACCAGCACAGCGGCAACGGCCCGUCCACUACACUGCAGGCGGUAGACAUCAACGUGGUGGACCGUGAGACAUGCCGCAAAGUGUUCGUCGCUGUGAAUUCCGUGACGGAACGCAUGAUCUGCUCUGGGGAGUUCACCCGAGGAGUAUGCGUCGGUGACUCUGGUGGGGCACUGGUCAACAACGGUACGCAGGUGGGCAUCGUCUCGUGGGGGCUCACCUACUGCGAAGUCGGCAUCUCCGUCCAAACCAAUGUCGGCAAUCUGAGGGCCUGGAUCCGAGACACCGCCGGCAUCUAGACUUCACCCGCUCUCCUCAGUGGAUACAACGGUUUAAGUCAACAGCAGAUACUAUCAUCCACGCAUCCUUGUUAAAUAAACAUACGUAUUUUACCGAA